AUGUGGAUCGGGCCAGAGGGAACACACAGUCCGCCGGAGGAGCCCGCGGAUCAGGAUCAGGACCAGGACCUCCACAUCAGGCGGGUAUAUGAAGCCCACCAGCCGCCCAGCAUGCACCGACUCUCCGGGAGAAGAGGCGACGGUCUGAUUGAGAUGAGCCCAACUGAUUCAUUUAAUGAUGAUGUGAAUGGUUACCCACAGCACACUACUGCAGAUAUGGGCUCCUUCCAACACGACAGAGCAGAGUCCUCGUUGGCUCCUGAGGUAUUUGUUGACACGUGUGAGUCUCUGAGUGGCAGCCUGCCUUCUCUGGCCUCUUCUGAGCACAGCGACAGCCCCCCGCACCAGGACCCCGCCUUAGAACGAAUCAAAACUUUAACUGGGAACUCCAGAAAGCGCGCCCUGUUCCUGAAGUUUCGUUCCCGGAUCGACAAACACCACCAGAGCAAAGACUCCAUUUUCUUUCGAGAUGGCGUGCGAAGGAUCGAUUUUGUCUUGUCCUAUUUAGAGGAUAAAGACGAUGGUAGAAAGCAGGAGAGAAGAAAAAUUUUUGAGGCCAAUCUCAGGAAUGUUGGCUUGGAGCUGGAGACGGAAGACAGAUCUGAGUCUGAAGAUGGAAACACAUAUUUUGUAAAGAUCCAUGCUCCGUGGGAGGUUCUGGCCACCUACGCAGAUGUGCUGAAAAUCAAGGCCCCGUUCAAGGCCAACGACAUCCCAGAAAACAGGGAGAUGCCCAUGGGCUGGCUGGCCACGCCCAUCCGCCUCCCGGAGGACAUCAUGCACCCUGAGCCAGACUACUUCACGGCCUCCUUCGACAAAAACAAAGCAGACUUCUUUCUAAUCGAUGACAAGGAUACUUUUUUCCCCCCAUCAACUCGCAACAGGAUAGUUUAUUACAUCCUUUCUCGCUGUUCAUAUUUCCACGACUGUGAAAGGGAUAAGAUUGGUAUCAAAAGGUUACUGAACAACAACACCUACACUGCAGCCUUUCCACUCCAUGAUUGCAGAUACUGGAAAAGCUCCAGCACUUCCAAUUGUGAAAGUGAUAGAUACAAACUCUACAAUUACUGGGCCAGAUUUUUAUGUUUCUUUAAGGAGCAGCCUAUUCAUCUGAUAAGGAAAUAUUAUGGAGAGAAAAUAGGACUUUAUUUUGCGUGGCUGGGAUUCUACACCGAGAUGCUGUUGUUUGCCGCGAUCGUUGGCACCAUUUGUUUUGUUUAUGGGUUGUUGACCUUUGAAGAGAAUGAGUGGAGUAAGGAGAUUUGUAGGGAGGACAUUGGAGGGGCUAUUGUCAUGUGCCCACUUUGUGAUAAGAAAUGUGGCUACUGGAAACUCAGUAAAAUAUGCAACUCAUCUUGGCAAUCACAUCUUUUUGACAAUGUGGGAACAGUGUUUUUUGCCAUCUUCAUGGGGAUAUGGGUGACGCUGUUCCUUGAGUUUUGGAAGCGGCGCCAGGCCCGGCUGGAGUAUGAGUGGGACCUGGUGGACUUUGAGGAGGAGCAGCAACGUCUGCAGCUGCGGCCGGAGUACGAGUCCAAGUGCAGUGAGCGAAAACUCAACCACGUCACUCAGGAAAUGGAGUUGGUUCUUGACAGGACGGCCCCGACUUUUAUGGCCAAUCUUUUCAUUUGCUGGGUGGUGGUUGUAUUUUGGGAAGUGGAGCCUUACUUACCUUUAACAAGCAAGUGUGUGCGCACGUGUCUGUCCGGAGCCACAGUCCUGUUCUGGAUUUCUUUGAUCAUUGCCUGCAUUGUGGGGGUGAUUGCAUAUCGCCUGGCCGUCUACGCAGCCUUCGCCAGCAUCAUGAAAGACAGUCCCACCAGCCACCUGCAAGUGGUGGGCCCCUACAUCACCCCACAGCUGGCCACAUCUGUCACCGCAUCCUGCAUCAACUUUGUCAUCAUCAUGGUGCUCAACCUCAUGUAUGAGAGAGUGGCUAUUUGGAUCACUGACCUGGAAAUCCCCAAAACGCACCUGGAGUAUGAGAACAAGCUGACCAUGAAGAUGUUCCUCUUCCAGUUCGUCAACUACUACUCCUCCUGUUUCUAUGUUGCGUUUUUCAAGGGCAAGUUUGUAGGAUACCCUUCGAAAUAUGCUUACUUUUUCGGGUCUUGGAGCAACCUACGAAAUGAGGAGUGUGAUCCUGGUGGUUGUUUGAUUGAGCUCACCACGCAGCUCGUGAUAGUUAUGACUGGGAAACAGGUGUGGGGCAACAUCCAGGAAGCGCUGGUGCCGUGGUUAAUGAACUGGUGGGGCAGCAGGAAAGCUCGAUGCCAUCCAGAGAGUCUGUACAGUCGCUGGGAGCAAGACCACGACCUGCAACCCUUCGGACAACUGGGGCUCUUUGAUGAAUAUUUGGAAAUGGUGAUCCAGUUUGGCUUCAUCACUCUGUUCGUGGCUUCCUUCCCCCUGGCUCCGCUGCUGGCGCUCUUCAACAACAUCAUCGAGGUUCGAGUGGACGCCUGGAAACUCACCACACAGUUCAGACGUCCUGUGGCGGCCAAAGCCCACUGCAUCGGGGCCUGGGAGGAAAUCCUCAACGGCAUGGCUGUUCUCUCCGUGGUCACUAAUGCCUUUAUCGUGGCCUUCACUUCUGACAUGAUCCCGCGGCUCGUCUACAUGUACGCCUACCAACCCGACGGCGAGCUCAACAUGAAGGGCUACAUCAACAACAGUCUGUCCGUGUUCAACAUCAGCGCGUUCCCUGCAGAAAGUCGACCGGAGGAUGGAGAGAAUCCCGCUUGGUUUAACAGCACCAUCACUACCUGCAGAUAUCGGGAUUACCGCUAUCCCUCCGGCCACGAGAAGGAAUAUUUCCACACUAUGCAGUUCUGGCACAUACUGGCUGCUAAACUAGCCUUCAUCAUUAUCAUGGAGCAUGUCGUCUUCUUGGUCAAGUUUGUGGUGGCCCGGUUGAUUUCGGACGUGCCUUCCGAAGUGAGAGCCAGGGUAAAGAGAGAGAGAUACCUAGUCCAAGAAUAUCUGCACAACUAUGAAGUGGAAAAGCUGAAAGAGGAGCUCCAAAAACGGCAAGACAACGACCACGGCUGCACCUGCGCGCCCAUGGUCUACCCCACCGUGCCGAGUCAUGACGUACUCUCGGACCGCCUUUAG